GGUGUCACCUAUCCGGCCUGCCAUGGCAUUUGGAGAUUUUGGGCGCCACCCAUGGAGCGUUCGCGUUUAGCAACUUUGGCGUUCAGCGGCUCGUAUGCGGGUGUUGUUGUCGGUCUACCGCUGUCCGGUCUGCUGGCCGAUGCGAUUGGCUAUCAGGCGCCCUUCUACGCUUAUGGCACGUUUGGCAUAACAUGGUACCUCUUUUGGCUGUGGCUCUGCUUUGAGAAUCCCCGCAAACAUCCUGCCAUUAGCGUACCUGAACUGAAGUAUAUCGAGAAGUCGUUGGGCGAGACGUCCAUGCAGCCAUCGAUGCCAUCGAUAAGCACCACACCCUGGCGCGAGAUGGUGCGUUCCAUGCCGGUUUAUGCCAUUAUCGUUGCGAAUUUCUGUCGUUCAUGGAACUUCUAUCUACUCGUGCUCUUCCAAUCUUCAUUUCUGAAACACAAAUUUGGCUUCAAGGUCGAGGAGGCGGGCUUCAUUGGUUCGUUGCCGCAUUUGAUUAUGACAACUAUAGUGCCAUUUGGCGGCAUGUUGGCGGAUCAUUUGCGUAAGAAUGGCAUUAUGUCGACGACGAAUGUGCGAAAGCUCUUCAAUUGUGGCGGUUUCGGCAUGGAGGGGUUGUUCUUUCUGUUCGUCGCGCACUCCAAUACGGCGACUGGCGCCAUGUUUGCUCUCACCUGUGGCGUCGCCUUCAGUGGGUUUGCCAUUUCGGGCUACAAUGUUAAUCAUCUGGAUAUCGCACCACGCUAUGCUAGUAUUUUGAUGGGUCUCUCGAAUGGUAUUGGCACUUUGGCUGGCAUAAUUGUGCCCUAUGCCCUCGAUGGAUUGAUUUACAGAGAUCCCACCGGCUGCUGGACCACAGUCUUCACGCUUGCCGCUUGCGUACAUUUAGUCGGCUGCACCUUCUACGGCAUCUUCGCUUCCGGCGAACUACAACCCUGGGCCGAACCACCGACUGAAGAGAAGCAGGUGUGGGCGCCACCAAUGGGAGCCAUAGCUGAAGAUCCCAGUCAGGGUGGUUACACCAAAGAGACGUCGUUCGGCGCACCACCACAAUACACCGAACAAAGUCAAAUGCAACAGCCGAAUGCCAUCAAUUAUGGUGCGACUGGUCACGUGGCCAACAAUCCAUUCGCCGCCAUGGCUGGCACUAUACCCGAGGAGAGUGUGGUGCCCGAGGCCACAGCUGGUGAUGCCAGCGCGUAUGGGGUAUAUGACUAUGCCCAACAACAAACAAUACAGUCUCAAAUGCCAACCUAUGACCAACAAUACCAACAGCCGGCGUAUCAGCAACAACAACAACCACAACAACUCAACUACCAACGACCCUAUCAGCCACAAUAGAAAGUAUAGGCGGAAUGAAAGGAACACGGGGAACUAAGGGGAGUUAAUAAAUAAUAGAAAUAAAUGCAUCAUAAAAUAAAAUUAUUAAAAAAUAUAUGUAAGUAAGUAGCGAAAUUGAAAAGGAAAUUCUGAGAAAGAAAAAAAAACAAAGAUAGCUGAAAGAAUCAUAAGAAAAAUAGCGAAACAGAAAAUGGACAGUUAGAAGCAAAUACUCAUAACUAUACUCAUUUAUUAAAAAAAAAAGAAUAACUAAAAAUGUUGGAAGUGUAACUAUUUUUAAGCUUAGUUCAAAUCACUUACAAAUCACUGCAACCAAAGUACGAAAAAAAAACGCAAAAAAAAAAUUAUAAAGAUAUGCGUGUAUAGCAACAACUACAAUACGCACAUAAAAGUAAGAAAGCAAAUCAAAUAUGUUAACAAUAAUAAAAACAAAGUAUGCCAAAGGAAAAAUAUGGAGGAAAAACAAAAAAAAACUGAAAUAUGAUUUGCAAAUUCUGGGGAUUGUAAAAAAGUAUUGGAAAAUUGGUUUAAAUCUCUGUUUUUGUGGUAUAGAAUUCUCACAAGCAAAGCAAUUUCAGAUGCAAAAAAAACA